GCCCACGGCCUCCGAGGCGGGUAGAGAACGGCCCGCGCGGAGUCGUUGCAUGGACAGCAUGCGUUUCUCCAGAGGCUCCGACGUGGGGCCCUGGGGCAAUUCCAGCGGUGCCAACACAAGCCAGGAGGCCGAAGACCUCGGGGAAGGCGGCGGCCCGCGCGGGGACGUGCGCAACGAGGAGCUGGCCAAACUGGAGAUCGCCGUGCUGGCAGUGACUUUCGCGAUGGCCGUGCUGGGCAACAGCAGCGUGCUCCUGGCGCUGCACCGCACGCCGCGCAAGACUUCCCGAAUGCACCUCUUCAUCCGGCACCUCAGCCUGGCCGACCUGGCCGUCGCCUUCUUCCAGGUGCUGCCGCAGAUGUGCUGGGACAUCACGUACCGCUUCCGCGGACCCGACUGGCUGUGCCGCGUGGUGAAGCACCUGCAGGUGUUCGGCAUGUUCGCGUCGGCCUACAUGCUGGUGGUCAUGACCGCCGACCGCUACAUCGCUGUGUGCCACCCGCUCAAGACCCUGCAGCAGCCCGCGCGCCGCUCGCACCUCAUGAUAGCUGCCGCGUGGGUGCUCAGUCUCGUGCUCAGCACGCCACAGUACUUCGUCUUCUCCAUGAUCGAGGUGAACAAUGUCACCAAGGCCCGCGACUGCUGGGCCACCUUCAUUCAGCCCUGGGGUUCCCGCGCCUACGUGACCUGGAUGACGGGCGGCAUCUUUGUGGCACCAGUUGUCAUCCUGGGCACCUGCUACGGCUUCAUCUGCUAUAACAUCUGGCGCAACGUCCGCGGAAAAACUGCGUCGCGCCAGAGCAAGGGCGCAGAGGAAGCGAGUGGCGUCUUCCCAAAGGGGCGCCUGCUCGCCCCCUGUGUCAGCAGCGUGAAGACCAUUUCCCGCGCCAAGAUCCGCACGGUGAAGAUGACUUUCGUGAUCGUGACGGCUUACAUAGCCUGUUGGAUGCCUUUCUUUGUCAUCCAGUUGUGGUCAGUCUGGGAUGAGAAGUCGGUCUGGACUGAUUCAGAAAACCCUACCGUCACCAUCACUGCGUUGCUGGCUUCCUUGAAUAGUUGCUGCAAUCCAUGGAUAUACAUGUUUUUUAGUGGCCAUCUCCUGCAAGACUGUGUUCAAAGCUUCCCGUGCUGCCAAAACAUAAAGCAAAAAUUCAACAAAGAAGAUACAGACAGUAUGAGCAGAAGACAGACUUCUUACUCUAACAACCGAAGCCCGACAAACAGUACGGGUAUAUGGAAGGAUUCACCUAAAUCUUCCAAGUCCAUCAAAUUCAUUCCUGUUUCAACCUGAGCCCUGUGUUCAUGCAGCCUGACUCUUGUGAUUGACUUUUUAGCCCAUUAGCUGAAUUGAGCUAGAAAUCACAAGAACAAAUGAACUUUAUUAAGCUAAGCAUGAAUCAGUUCAUUGGGUACAAGACCAUGUUUCUAGUUGCAUUUUCACAUUGCUAUGGCAAAAAAACUAUGAAUUAUUUUAUACGGAGUAUUAUUAAUGAAAACACACUGCACUAAAAUGUGCAGGCCUAACUCCCAGAAAUAUAAUAGAAGUUAUAUUUCUGGAGGAAAAAUGAUAACUACCCUGGCUUUAUAUUCUGUUGUUGGUUUCUUUUAUUUUAUUUUUCCCCUCGAUAUAAGAAAGGCUUGAUUGGUUUGAAAGGCAAAUAAUGUAGGGGCACUAUUUCUGA